CAUCUUCUCUCUCCAUUUCUCUGGUCCAAACACUUUAACAUCAAUCCAAGAAGUCCUCAAAUGGCUUCCACUAAGCUCCGAAGAUCAUGUUCCUUUCCAAAUCUUCUACUCUCGUUCUUGAAUUUCAUCCUCUUUAUCCUUUCUGCUCUCUCUCUUGCCCCUAUUAUUGUCCUCAAAACGCCACCAACUUCACUGGGUUGGGCAUUUCUGAUGGUCUCCAGCAUCUCCCUUCUCUCCUCCUCUGUGGGUUUUUAUUCUCAGCUCACCCACUUUUGCUUCAUAACUCAUCUUUCCCUCCUCCUCGCCUCAUCGAUCGGGCAGUUACUUGGUAUUUUAGCCUUGUUUACAAAAGAGAAAUCUAGUCUUUCUAUGUUAGAGUCACCAAGAGACCCAAAAGAAGCAAAGCUUUUGGUGAGGUUGGAAUGUGGAACUUUGGUGUCCAUGUUUGUAAUGCAAUUGGGUGUUUUGAUACUGACUUGUGCUGUUCAUAGCUGUUGGGUGAGAGAGUAUGAGGGUUUAGAAGCUGAGAGAGAGGCGAUAGCAAGGAAGAGGAGUCGGAGGAUUGCACGAGUGCAGGAAGAGUCCAUGGAAAAUGCAACAAAGAUUGGUGAGAUUAAAGCAAAGGAGCUGGAUGAGAAGAUGAAAGGCAAGUAUGGGCAAUGGGUGAAGACUGAUUUUGAAGGCUAAAGACUCUUCCUAUCCUUGUUAGUAGCUAUAUGCUUUGUUUGUUCUGAGUGUGCUUUUUGUUGGUACAGUGAUGGCUGUACUUUUUAGGGUCACUAUGGGGUGGCCAUUCCAUUGGAUGUGUAAAGUAGAGAAGAGCCUGUCUUGUUUACAAAUGGCGGUUCUGUGGAUGAUGUUAUUGUCACUGUCACUGUGGGGUCUGUGAGUGGUGUCUCUGAUAAGUAAUGGAGUUUACCUUCUAUUUUCCCAAAAAAAUUGAUUAAUAUAAGACCAUUGGAACACUAACUCAAUUACCAGCAAUUCAAUUAUGU